CACACACGUCUCACUCAGAACUCUACUGCUGCUUCUAUUAUUGGCACAAGCUUCUGGCAGUGAAUCCACAGGAGCUGCAGCAGGAAGGACUGAAAACAGAGCCCCAAGAUGUGGUGCCUCCUCGUGCUGCUGUGCUCCCAAGGAAUUGCCUUUCCAGCAGGAUUCACAGCAGCCUCCACUCCAGCUGUUGACACAAGCCGCUGCAAGAAGAGUCGCAACCCCGAGUGCUUCAUGAAUGUUAGUGAAAUUAUCAGGUAUCAUGGAUUCCCCAGCGAGGAAUAUGAAGUUACAACAGAGGAUGGAUACAUCCUUGGUGUUUUCAGAAUUCCUGCUGGAAGGAACAGCCAAAAUACAGGGAAGAAGCCUGCAGUCUUGCUACAUCAUGGUAUUUUGUCAGAUUCUAUUCACUGGAUUUCCAACCUGCCCAACAACAGCUUGGGCUUCAUCCUUGCAGAUGCUGGCUAUGAUGUCUGGUUGGGAAACAGCCGAGGAGACACCUGGUCUUUAAAACACAAGACCCUUAAGCCCUGUCAGAAAGUUUUCUGGCAGUUCAGCUUCGAUGAGAUUGGUAAAUACGAUAUUCCAGCAGAGCUGAACUUCAUCAUGAAUAAAACUGGACAGAAGCAUAUUUACUAUAUUGGUCACUCUGAAGGGUCAACUGCAGGCUUCAUAGCAUUUUCUACUUAUCCUGAUUUGUCUCAGAAGAUUAAAGCAUUUUUAGCUUUGGCACCAGUGGCCUCUAUCACACAUGCUACCAGUCCUCUGCUAGGGUUUAUACAGCUUCCCCAGUCGCUGAUCAGGUUACUACUUGGCUGCAAAGGAGUUCUUAACUAUAACGAGCUGCUGAAAGGACCCACAACACAGUUCUGUGCAUGUCUGGGAAAAGUUUGUGGCAGUAUCUUCUGCUACCUAGCUGGAGGCAGGAUACAAAAUAUGAACACGAGUCGAAUAGAUUCAUACUCAGGACAUUACCCAGCUGGAACAUCAGUACAGAAUAUUAUUCAUUGGCAUCAGAUCCUACGUGCAGACCAACUUCAAGCUUAUGACUACGGCUGUAAGGAAAACAUGAAGAAAUACAACCAGACUGCUCCUCCUGUGUACAAGAUAGAGGAGAUAAAGAUACCAACUGCUGUUUGGAGUGGGGGACAGGACAAAUUUGCAGAUCCAAAAGACAUGGCAAGGCUACUUCCUCGGAUUACUAAUCUCGUCUACCACGAGAAUGUUCCUGCAUGGGGACAUCUUGAUUUCCUCUGGGGCCUUGAUGCAACUGAGAAAAUGUAUCUGAAAAUCAUUGAACUACUAAAAAAAUAUGCUUAAAGUACCAAGAAGGAUUUAAUUCAUGGAGUAGAAAACCUAGAGAUUUCUAUUUAGCUGUUGAUUAUUGGGAUAGGGAUAGGUAUAGGGAUUUACCAACUACUGACAACUGGUUUGCAAUUUUUUUACAUUGCUUCCAAUGGUGUUACACUAUUUUGGUGACUGCAGCCUUUCUGAAGAAGCUGAAGUAUGAGCUCAGACAAAUGACCACUGAAAAUACAAAUAUUUCAGGUAGAACACUUCAGGGAUCCCUUACUGUGGAAGAUUUCAGUUUUUAUGAGACUGAUUUUGCUAAGAUUUCAUUUUCUGUUUCCCUGCUGAUCUGUACUAUAUAUUUCACUUGAGACAAAGGUGAUUUCCCCCAAAAACCCAAAAUGGGAGAUAAUUUCUCUGUUUACUGAACUUUGCUGAAGUUGUAUCAUCUGUUGUCCUGAUAGUGUUUCCUCCUUUUUCCUCUCCUCACAUUACCAAUAGCAGCAAGAUAGACCCAAAAGAUUUUCACUUGUAAAAUUACCCUGGCAUCUAAGCAGACAGGAGCUGGUUGUACUGGUCCAAAUGCCAAGAAACCCAACACCAAAACAUACAUGUCAGAGAAAAAGCACUUGACUUUUGGACAGAUGCAGAUACUCUCUAACCCUCACACUGUUACUCCUCUUACUGCAAAGAACUGCCUUCAUGCUCAUAACCUGGCAGCUGAGGAUUGAGAAGAUGCAGGCAUAGCAGCAAACUGCACAGAAAAGACACCUGCAUCCAUCUCAAUAGAUAUUCCUGCCACUAUCAGUAAAGAAGCUGAAGCUCUUCUAGGUCCUCAGUUCAUCAUGUCAG